AAUUGAACAACAGUAAUCAUGCUGGGCUCAGUGAUUCUGCUGUGGGUAUGUAUUUUUCUGCUCUUCUUUCUCAUCCAGACCCGUCGGCCCAAAAAAUUCCCACCCGGGCCACAACCCCUCCCGAUAUUUGGCAGUCUGUUACAACUAAAUCUGGAAAAUCCCAUGCCAGAUCUUGAAAGAUUAUCUGAGAAGUAUGGACAAGUUUUCAGUCUUUACUUUGGAGGGAGACCAGCUGUGAUACUGAGUGGAACAGCAGCGAUAAAGGAAGCACUUGUCACCAAGGGGGUAGACUUUGGUGGAAGACCAUUUGGCCUGUUACUUAAUCAUCUCACACAUGGAAAAGGUGUAAUCAUGGCCGACUAUGGCCCAAGUUGGAGAGAACAUCGUCGCUUUGCCUUGAUGACCUUGAAGAAUUUCGGUCUGGGAAAGCGUUCAAUGGAAGAACGGAUUCUAGAAGAGACGUCUUAUGUCAGUGCUUAUUUAGAAGCCAAUGCAGGAAAAACUAUUGAUCCUCAGACUCUGUUCCACAAUGCUUCAUGUGACAUCAUCUGCUCAAUCCUUUUUGGCUCUCGGUACGAGUAUGAACAUGAGUUUUUCCAGACCAUGAUAAAAAUGAUGGCAGAGAACUCGAAGAUUGCCAAUGGACCAUGGGGCAUGGUCUACGACACCAUGCCGCUGUUGAGGAAUCUUCCCUUGCCUUUCCAAAGGGCUCUUAGGGACUAUAAUACAGUUAAAAUGUAUGCAUCGGGCAUCGUAGAUGAGCACAGAGCAACACGAGUUCCAGGAGAACCACGUGAUGUGAUUGACUGCUAUCUGGAUGAAAUGGAAAAGAGAGGUGAAAACUGUGCCCUGUUUGAUGACAGCCAGAUGCUAGUUUUGUUGCUUGAUCUUCUCUUUGCUGGAACUGAUACAACAUCAAACACUAUCCGAUACACAGUCCUCUGUCUUAUGGCUUAUCCAGAAAUUCAAGAAAGAUGUCAGCAAGAAAUUGAUAGUGUUUUAAAGGGUAAAAUGCAAGCUUCUUUUGAAGACAGACACAAAAUGCCAUACACACAGGCUGUGAUUCAUGAAUCUCAGCGCAUGUCCAGCACACUUCCUCUCAGUGUUUUCCACUGUACAACCAGAGACACAGAGCUCAUGGGAUAUCACAUUCCUAAGGGAACUCUCAUAAUUCCCAAUCUCUCCUCUGUGUUGUAUGAGGAGGACAAGUGGAAGUUUCCUCAUGAGUUCAACCCAGCUAACUUCCUGAAUGAACAGGGCCAGCUUAAGAAGCCUGAAGCUUUUAUGCCAUUCUCUGUCGGUCCUCGCACUUGUCUUGGGGAGGGACUGGCUCGGAUGGAGCUGUUCUUAAUUUUGGUCACUCUACUGCGCCGGUUCCAGUUUAUCUGGCCAGAGGAUGUGGGAGAACCAGACUUCAGCCCUGUGUUUGGAGUGACUCAGGCACCCAGACCGUACAGGAUGACAGUGAAGCUAAGAUAGAGUUAAACAUCAAUGUUUGAUAUGAUGUCAAAGCAUCUUAAAGGGAUAGUUUACCCAAAAAUGAAAAUUUUGUCAUUAUUUACUCGCCACCAUAUUUUCCGUGGAACACCAAAUGAAAAGCUUACUUUCUACCAUAUUAUGAUAAUGGAUAGGGAUCAGGGACUGUCAAGGUCACUUUCACUGUAUGGAAAAGAGAAAGUUUGGACAUUCACCUAUGAAUAACUCCUUUUGUGUUUCAUUGAAGAAAAAAGUCAUAAGGUUUUGGUACAACAUGAGGGUGAGUGAAUGAUAUAGAAUUAAAAUGUUUGGGUGAUCUAUUCUUUAGAUGUCUGAAGGUGUUCAUUAACCGAAAACCUAUUAUGCUUUGACUGUGUUUUUGAAUAAUGUAUUGUACAUUUGAUGUAUUUUAACACAAUAAACACUUCAGUCUCACUGAGUUUGUGUAUGUUAGCA